AUGCUGACGAGAGAAUUCAUCGACGAUAGUUUGUACAAUAACAACUACGGUUACUUCUCGAAACACGCCACCAUCUUUAGUCCCGGAGACCCGUUCUAUUUCAACGAGAUCGAGGACGGACCGGCGUUUCAUCGCAUGCUCGGGGAACGCUACGAGGAGUUCGAGGACCGGCUGGAUGAAGUCAACCCAGAUAUUUCUCGUCAGCUGUGGCAUACGCCCACGGAGCUUUUCCGACCCUACUACGGAGAGACCAUCGCCCGGUACCUGGUGUCGAACUAUAAGUUGACGCUGUACCCCUACCACGACCUGAUCAUAUAUGAAAUGGGUGCGGGAAAUGGAACGAUGAUGAGGAACAUUUUGGAUUACAUUCGCGACACCGAUCAUGAGGUCUACCAGCGGACCAAGUUCAAGAUUAUUGAGAUUUCGCCGGCGCUGGCAUCGCUUCAGAUGAAGAACUUAAACGAGUCGCUGGAUGCGGCUGGCCACCAGGACCAUGUGGAGAUUAUCAACCGCUCGAUCUUCGACUGGGAUACCUACGUUCACUCGCCGUGCUUCUUCCUGGCGCUAGAGGUGUUCGAUAACUUUUCCCAUGAUGCCAUCCGCUACGACCUGAAGACGGAGCUGCCGCAGCAGGGCGGCGUGUUGAUUGACUCCAAUGGCGAAUUCCAUGAAUACUACAAUACGCAGCUGGACCCGGUGGCUGCUCGCUUCAUGCGCGUGCGCCAGGCUGCGGCGCGGCGGAAGUUCCGCUCGCCGAUCCCGCCCAAGUACAAGAGGUUAUUCCGCAAUCAGGAGUACUCGCCGCCGGAGUAUAUUCCCACCCGACUGAUGCAGUUCUUCGACAUCCUGAACACCUACUUCCCGGGACACCGUCUGGUGUCCAGUGACUUUAACAUUCUCCCCGAUGCCGUGCCUGGUGUUAAUGCGCCCGUGGUGCAGACGCGGUACAAGAGACGGACCGUUCCAGUGACGACGCCAUUUGUCCACCAAGGGUACUUUGAUAUCUUCUUCCCGACCGACUUCAACACGACCGAAGACAUCUAUCGGGCCAUCACGGGCAAGCUGACGCAGGUGAUGAGCCACGAGGACUUUAUGCGCCGGUGGGCAACCAUGACGAUCCCAACUUGGAAACCGACCGUCCUCAAGAAACGCGCCGCUCAGUUGGCUGCCAUUCCGCACGGCUGGCGUCUCCCAGAGUCCAUUCUCGCCAAUCCGCCACUCAAUUCCCUUGAUGCUAUCCGCACUUGCGGCAUCCUCAGUGAGGAGGAACUGAGAUGGACGGAGAUAGAUGACAGUACCGUGCUGCUGGCCAUGCUGGCGACCCGGGAGAUCACUUCCGUUCAACUCACGACGGCGUUUUGUAAGCGCGCGGCCGUUGCGCAGCAGCUGACCAAGUGUCUGACGGAGAUUUUCUUCGAGCGGGCGCUGGUGCGGGCGAAGGAAUUGGAUGAUAUGCUGGAGGAGACGGGCACGGUGACGGGGCCGUUGCAUGGGUUGCCGGUUUCGAUUAAGGAUCGGUUCGAUGUCGAGGGGCUUGAUACUACUGUUGGCUGGGUAGGAUUAGUAGGCAAACCAGCCAAGAGCAACAGCAGUAUCGCCAAUUCACUCCAGUCAAUGGGCGCCGUGCUGUACGUGAAGACGAACGUACCGCAGUCUCUGAUGAUGUCCGAUUCCUACAACCACGUCUUCGGCCAAUCCAUCAACGCCUUCAACAACCAGCUCAUCUCCGGCGGGAGUUCCGGCGGCGAAGGCGCCCUCAUUGGCAGCGGCGGCAGCGUCCUAGGGAUCGGAACAGAUAUCGGAGGCUCGAUUCGGCCUAUGGCCCGGAGCCUCUCCACAAUCGAACACUUCAUGCAAUCCCUCCUCGACUCAGAACCCUGGACCAUCGACCCCCGCUGUAUCCCCAUCCCCUGGCGAAAGGACCUCGCCGCGAAACCCACCCGGAAACUCCGCCUAGGAAUCAUCUACGACGACGGAGUCGUCAAACCCCAACCCCCGAUUACCAGGGCAAUGCGCGAAGUCGCCCAGAAACUGCAAGACGCUGGCCAUGAAGUCUUCGAAUGGGACACCACCCUCCACAGCACCGGCACCAACCUCUGGACCAAAGCUAUCCUCGCCGACGGCGGCCAACACUGUCGUCACCUAUGCGAUAUUGUCGGCGAGCCCUUAAUCGAAGGGAUGAUCGUAGGGACUGAGAAAGACGAACUAUCCCUCCCAGAACGCGAAGAGCUCGAACAAACCAUCCAAACCUACCAAUCCACCUUCCUCAGCGCCUGGCACAUAACCCACAUCGACGCCCUCCUCAUGCCCGUAACCCCCUGGGUCAACUACCGCCCCAAAUCCUGGGUUCUCAGUUCCCAAUGGCUGGGCUACACGGCUCUCUGGAACCUGCUCAAUUAUGCGGCGAUCACGGUGCCGGUUACCAAGGUGGAUCGGGUUCUUGAUAUGCCUGGGGAGGAUUGGGUGGGGUAUCUGCCGAGGAAUGACGCGGAUCGGUUUAAUUGGGGGCAGUAUGAUGUCGAUUUGGUCCAGGAUAUGCCGAUUACGGUACAGAUUGUGGGGGGCAGGUUUGGAGAGGAGAAGGCUGUUGCGGUGGGGAAGGUUUUGGAGGAUGUACUUGGUAGGUAG